UAUGUUAUAAGUCAAUUAAUCUAAGUAUAAUAUUGUGAUUAUAUAUUUUCCUAUAAAUAAUCUUAAUGCUGCUUCUUACUUUCUCAUACUGAGCAUUUCAACAACAUUCUCCAUUUCGGACAAAGAAAAAAUGACGCAAAAGAUUGUGAUCGGAAUGUCGCUCUGCAAUGACAAAUGUCGCUCCAAGGCUCUCAAAGUUGCUGUCUCCGUACCAGGUGUUGAAUCGGCGGCGAUUGUGAGGGGAGACAAGGACCAGGUGGUGGUGAUGGGCGACGGUGUGGACUCAGUGGAGCUGACGCGGCGGCUGAGGAAAAAGAUGGGCCAUGCGGAGCUGAUGAGUGUUGAGCAGACCAGUGCUGCGGCCGAGGCGCAGGCGGUGGUGCCGCCGCCUUACUACGGUUUUCCCUAUUACCAUCACUACCAGUACCAAGUUAGGGAGCCGGUUGUCCCCUUGGGAUGGCCUAGUGGUUAGGGUGGUUGCCUGUUGUCUAAGAGUUCACAGGUUCGAGUACUCUCGGCCACAAUAACCACUAGGUGGGGUGUGUGUGUGGUUUGUAUAAUUUAUAAUGUAAUUUCAUCAAAAAAAAAAAAAAAAAGUUAAGGAGCCGGCCUGCUAUAGCCCCUGCUCUAUUCUCUAAUCCUUCAACGGAAAUUAAACGAAUCAAGAAAAAUUAACUCAUCAAUACUCGUUUUAAAAUCA